UAUCCAGUCUAUCAUCAAAGUGGAGGCUUUGUUCAGAGUGCAGGUUUUGUUCAGAGUUAUUUAGACUGGACUGCUCAGCAGCUGGAAUAAAGGUUCAGACAGCGAGGAUUACUGGCAUAAGAAGAAGACCAGUAGAAGAAGAGUCAAAAUAAGCUAGAAGGAAGCUGAGAUAUUGUCUGUCUCUUCCUGACGAACCACCAACAUCUUCUAGAAGGCUGGCCUUUUUCCUAUCAAGGACCAUAGAAUGGAGCCAUGAAAAGCAAAGAAAAUUGGAUUGUUGAACCUAACGGGAGCAUGAGUGUACAAGAGAUAGCAGUAAUGCAAGAAACAGAGGAGAGUGAGCUACAGGACAGAGGGCAGUGGACCAACAAAGUGGAGUUUGUGUUAUCUGUGGCUGGUGAGAUCAUUGGUCUUGGCAAUGUCUGGAGAUUCCCUUAUCUCUGUUAUAAGAAUGGAGGUGGUGCUUUCUUCAUCCCCUAUCUCAUCUUCCUCUUUGCUUGUGGGAUUCCAGUGUUCCUCUUGGAGACGGCCCUUGGGCAAUAUACCAGUCAAGGAGGGAUCACUGCCUGGAGAAAGAUCUGCCCUAUCUUUGAAGGAAUUGGAUAUGCUUCACAAGUUAUUGAAUCUUACCUAAACAUCUACUAUAUUAUCAUUUUGGCCUGGGCCCUAUUUUAUCUAUUUAACUCCUUCACUGCUGUCCUGCCUUGGUCCACCUGCGGGAAUCCCUGGAAUACAGAACACUGUCUGGACAUUUCCAACACUUCCAGUUGGGCAAACAGGACAGAUGUAGCCAAUUCUACUUCCUCUGUCAUUGAAUUCUGGGAAAGGCGAGCCUUGAAAAUAACGGAUGGUAUACAUAAUCUGGGCACCAUACGAUGGGAGCUGGCGCUCUGCCUCUUGCUUGCCUGGAUCAUCUGUUACUUCUGCAUCUGGAAAGGAGUCAAGUCCACUGGCAAAGUGGUCUACUUUACUGCCACAUUCCCCUAUGUGAUGCUUUUUAUUCUGUUGAUUCGAGGAGUCACUUUACCUGGUGCCAGAGAAGGAAUUAUAUUCUACUUAAAACCAGACAUCUCUAGACUGGCAGAUCCUCAAGUAUGGAUGGAUGCAGGCACCCAGAUCUUCUUCUCUUACGCCAUUUGCCAGGGAUGCCUGACAGCCCUGGGCAGCUACAAUAAGUACCACAACAAUUGCUACAGGGAUUGCAUUAUGCUCUGCUUCCUGAACAGCGCCACCAGCUUUGUGGCCGGCUUUGCCAUUUUCUCUGUAUUAGGCUUCAUGGCACGAGAACAGGGGAUGUCUGUCUCCGAUGUGGCUGAAUCAGGUCCUGGCCUAGCAUUCAUUGCCUACCCGAGAGCUGUAACCCUGAUGCCCAUUUCACAGCUGUGGUCCUGCUUAUUCUUCCUUAUGUUGAUCUUCUUGGGUCUGGACAGUCAAUUCGUCUGUGUCGAGAGCUUAGUGACAGCUGUUGUUGACUUGUAUCCUGAAAUCUUCCGAAGGAAAGGACGCAGAGAGCUGCUCAUCCUGUUCAUUGCGAUUGUAUGCUACCUGAUUGGCUUGCUACUGGUCACUGAGGGUGGAAUGUACAUUUUCCAGCUGUUUGAUUAUUAUUCAGCAAGCGGCACGUGCCUUCUCUUCCUUGCUGUCUUUGAGGUCAUCUGCGUUGGAUGGAUUUAUGGCGCUAACCGCUUUUAUGACAAUAUUGAAGAUAUGAUUGGUUAUCGCCCAUGGCCCCUGAUUAAAUACUGCUGGCUCUUUCUCACACCUGGAGUUUGCCUGGCAACCUUCCUGUUUUCACUCAUUAGAUACACACCACUCAAGUAUAACAAUGUCUAUGAAUAUCCAUCAUGGGGUAUUGCUCUGGGCUGGAUAAUGGCAGUGUCCUCGAUGGUCUGCAUUCCAUUCUACGCCAUCUUCAUCCUCCUGAAAACCAAAGGACCAUUAAAGCAGCGGAUACGCCUCCUGACAACUCCAGCAGAGGACCUGCCCCAGCCAAAGAAGCACCUGAUUGCCUUCUUCGCACCUCAACCUCGCGCAGUCAGAGAAUUAUUAAUCACAGAGAAGGAAAUUACCUUGUAGAACUCAUGGGAAUGAUUUCUUUACCUUCUGUGAAGACUCCUUAUUUCCAGGAUUUUUUUUCUCAGCUGGGCCAAAGUUCUUCCCUUUCCACCUGAAGCUGGCUCACUUAAAAUGGUAACGUCUUCUUGUCUUAACUUCUUAGCCACUGAUUAUAUAGACUAGAGAAGGCCCUAGAGAAGUUGUUUUUAGACUAUCUUUCACAGAAGAAGCUUUCCAAAGAAAAUUCCCUCCGCUUUUUAUUUUUCACACCUCUGGUGCUAAAAAAGGACAUGAUUUUAUGGAAUAUUCUCCAACGUCUUUGUGGUGGUAGGGCAGCUGCCAUCUCCCUCCUUCUCUGUAACACACACAGGGCCCCAUAAUUUAUCCAAAAUGGUGGAGGAGGCAAAAUGGCAGCUGCACUCUCAACACUAUUGCUGCUGCUGAUACCAUUGGCAAUAGCCAAUGGUUUAGGGAAAAUGGGAAGAAGCUGUGCUACUGCCACCAGGAAUGGUGAUCACCAUCUCAGAUAAACUACUUGUGAUAUCUACCAUCUACCCCUCCACCCCUACUUCUGAAGAAACAUAGAGCUGAGAGUUUUGAUGGGGUCAUUUGGUCAGCUCUUUUCAUACCAGUAAUACAAGCAUUAUGGACAUGUAAGAUUGUGGGGCAGAAGGUUCAUAGCUCAGAGGCUGGCUAAAAUUCUUUUUAGCAUCAGAACCAGCAUCUUUGUGUGUGUGUCAUAUUCUACCACUGAGCUACACCCCCUUUUGUAAAUCAAUUAGAGGUAAAUUGGUGGCAUAAAGGACUGGCCAGUAAAGUUUGUACAUAAUCAACAAAGCUUUCAAGCUUCUAUUGACUUCCUUGAAGCUUUUCUUUUCUCUGCCCCUGCCCAUUCAUGACAUUUGAAAUUAUUUGAAAAUCUGAAUCUCACUUCUUCAGGUGAACUCAGCCAAACCUGCAUAUUUUAAUGCAGGACAGUGCAUCCUUGGCAAUUUUGAUGCGCUUUGGGGGUGGGGUGGGGGGUUCUUUCUUUUCCUACUAGAAAGUUUACAUAUAUUUGCUACAAGUGACUUAAGUGUGGGUUUUUAAAAGAAGAAGAAGAAGGAGGAGAUGCAGAAAUUCCCAUUUGGACUUCAAAAUCAGAGCUGAUCACUCAGCCUCUCCCAUUACACAAGAGCCUGGAGGAAGAGAAGGUGAUAAAUUGAAAGCAAGAUGAGUUUGUCAGAAAAAGAACAUGUCAAAGCCAUUUAAGAUCUUUUUUGCUUUGAGAAGAGACAAGCCCACCAAGGCUGACAGGGUUUCAGUUUGAAUAUAUACCUCGUUUGAUACAGCUCCCUGUGAUGUCUUUGAAUGGCUGAAAAAGCACAGGAAUGCCAAUUGAACAGAACUGCCGUAAAAUGAAAAUGCCAAAACCAUAUUAGCGCGUGUCAGGACUAUGCAGAAAAUACCAAAGUUGAAGUCUCACCAGAUGUUAACUUAGCCUUUGCAACAUAAAGGCCGGUAUAUGGUUUCUGACACCCAUGCUAAGAAGUAGAAACAAAAUACACAUUUAGGCCAGAAUAACAAAUACCAUGUAUAGAGAUCUGGUUUCCCCCUUUCCCCCUUGUUUUAUAAUUGUUCUCUCAUAUUCAGGAUUAGUUUGACAUCCUAAAACCUGUGAAAGAACUCCUUCCCUGUUUCCCCGAAAAUAAGACCUAACCUGAAAAUAAGGCCUAGUAUGAUUUUUCAGAAUGCUUAUAAUAUA